UCUCCUCCUUUGGGCCUCGUCUUGGUUUUUAGGGUUCCAUUUAGAUAUCUAAUCCAUAAAGGCACAGCUAGUUCUGGAAUGGAGGUCACAAAUUCAGACAAUUCACAGUCGGCAACAUGUUCUUCCGAUGUGGAUCAUCUGACAGAAAAGGUUGGACUGGAUACAAAGUCUGAGCAGGCAGAGGGAAAAUAUGAUGUCAGUAUUGAAGAAAUUAGAAAUAUAAUGGAGGUCAUGGCGGCAUCUGGAAAGUUCUGGCACGACUGGGACAUGUUGAAAAGCUUGCUAUCAUUUUGGAUGAAGCAGGUGUUGGCAGAAUAUCCUGAAGCCCAAAUGGCCAGUGGUGAUGGGCUGCAGAAGAGUUCUUUGGUAGGCGAAACAUAUACUGAGUUAGUGAAACGUCUGGAUGAAGCACUUCUUAGUUUUACUGAAGGUCCUCCUUUUACACUGCAAAGGCUCUGUGAGAUACUCCUGUCACCAAAGAGCACAUAUUCAAAUCUCUCGAAGCUUGCGCUAGCCUUAGAGAAGAAUUUGUUGGUGACUUCUACCUUAACUAUGUGCACUGAACCUUAUCCCGGAGAACUGGGGCAGAAACACAAACCUGGUAGGGAAAAUGAGAUUACCAAAGAAAAUCCUGUACCAAAUGGAGUUGAAACUCCUGUAGGUGACGGUGAUGAAGAAAUGACUGAUGCCGAGGCUUCUGAAUCUACUGAUACUGCUGAUACAGAGAUGCAAGAAGAAAAGGCCAGUGAAACACCGCCCUGUAAACCUGAAACAGGAUCUGAUUCCAAUACCUCCAGUGAAGCUUGUGCCACCAGUGAACAGCUAACCCCUUCAACUCAAGGUUGAAGCGACUACUGGGUUUGGUUGCGUGACAGUAGGUACAGGAAGAAGUUUGAAAGAUGUUCAAACACUGGAUGUGGUAUUGGUUUCAUGUGGCCCCACUAAGGGGUAGAUAUCAGAUAUCUAGAUCGUUUCAAAUCUUGCUUGCUGCUUUUGGAUUCCUCAGUUUGUGCUACUCUUUCUGUGUGCAUGGUGAUGAUGGGCUCAUUUGUUACCUACCUUUCUUCUAAUGGUGACUGGACAAAUCUGUGCAAUUCAUUAUCAUUUAACCUAUCCCGAGUAUGUGGUUGUGGACAAAGAGUAGCCAGUUGACCUCAGUGAAAACAUGUUAAGUUAUCGGCAUCCAAGUCGCCCAAAUAAAUGUUACACGUUUAUAAUGUCUCAAUGUAUGCCUCAUGUAGCUGUGAUGAUA